UAUUUAAUUGAUCAAAAAACGUUUAUUAAAUUCGUUCAUCUACAUUCUUUUGUAAAUUGAUUUUCAUUUCUUUAUAUCAGCGAUUCUCAUUUUACCAAAGAUGGGAAAUCUUAUUUCAUAUUGUGAUGACAAGAGCGAUUUAAAAUUCAGAGAUGAGGACAAUGCGUUGGCAGCCAAAUGGCAAAUGUCUGAAAAGAAAGUUUCGCUACUACGGAAGAGGUUCAAUUCGAUUGACAGAGAGGCGAAGGGUUUUUCAACCAGGGGUGAUCUUCUGAGUGUGAAAGGAUUAGUUUUGAACCCGUUUAUUGAUCGGAUAGUUGAAAUUUUCUUCCAGAAAGCGGAUAGAAAAGAGGGCGAAGAAAAACUAUACUUCAGUCAAUUCCUCGAGACCGUUCUCAUCUUCCGCCCUGUGAAGGAGCGGGACGUGAACAACCCGGACAAGGUGAACAGUCGCAUAAACAAAGUGCGGUUUGCCUAUCGCAUGUAUGACCUGGACAACGACGGGUCUAUAUCAAAGGAUGAGAUUCUGGGCGUGUUGGUGAUGAUGGUGGGGCCACAUGUGGAUAAGGAACAGCUGGAAGAGAUAGCGGAGAGGGCCAUGAGAGAGGUGGACGAUGACGCAGAUAACACGAUGAGCUUCGAGGAAUACGCAAAGAUCAUGGAACGCGUGGCAGUCGAAGAGAAAAUGAGCAUCAAAUUCUUGGAAUGAACUAAUUUAACAACACAAAUCAAUCAAUUUUCAACAUAGGAAGGACAACCGGUCGCUGAGCAAGUAGCACAAAAGGUUCCGACCAUAUUUUCAAAACCUACUCAAA